GCUGGGUAUGCCCGGGCACUUCCGGUGUCCCGGCGCUGUGGCUUGGGGCAGCUCUGCUCGGCCCCGACUGGCUGGGUCCGUCCUUUUUGGAACAGAAGUGGAAAUUUUCUCAGAUUCUUUCACUGCUAAAAUCAUCACUACGUAAGAUGCAUCCAGACCUGUCUCCUCACCUGCACACUGAAGAAUGUAACCUCAUUAUCAGUCUGCUCAAGAAGUGUCACAAGGAGCACAGUGUUCUGAGGUUUUUUGGCUAUUGCAAUGAUAUCGACCGUGAGAUGCGGAAGUGCUUAAAGAAAGAGCUAUUACACUGUAAUGACUUCUUGAAGGCUAUGUUUCUUCACCUGAAAAUCUGGCUACACUGCUAUUCUAUUACUAUGAAGUCUCUGUUCAAAAGUCCUGUGAGAAGCUGUUCACAGUAUGAAGAAAAAAGGGCCAGGAACAAGGAGUUGCGUCGGAAAAUAAUUAAUGCUCACAAAAACUUGGAGAAGUGAGCUGUACCAUACAUGGACAAUUGCAUCUCAAUAGGGACACUCACUUGAAAAUUGACAGAAUAUCUCUUUCAAGUUGCCAAUAUUCAACCUGUGGUUUGUGAAACGGUGGAAAAAUAAAUGUACCUAAAACAUACUAAUUUCCAGAAACGUAAACUGAAUGUGGGAAAAAUAAACUGAUUGCUCACAAGUUAAUUUUUGGCCUCGAAAAGGCACCUGUUGUGACAACUCUUCAUUCUGUUAUAAUUUUAUUAUGACUAUUAAGUAAUGAUGUAUCAAAUAUCAAUGUGUGUGGAGUAUUAUGCAUUCAAAGCUGCAGCAUUCCCAAUCCUGUGUUGAGUUGCAUUUAUUCCUUCACAGUUAGUAGUUUCUCUUUCACCUUUUUUUCCUCGCAAAAUGCUGAAUGAUUUAUUACAACACUAUGAAGAGUGAAUGAAAACAUUGUUUAAAUGGAUUACUAUAAAUGAAUUUCAAACCAAUGUGGCUUGAAAUUGAAGAUGGCCUAUCAAGCAAUUAGUGGAGCUCUAGUAUUUUUUGCUGAAGCCAAAAUGACGAAAUGACCAUUUUCCAUUGAGAACAUUAAGAAUUCCUCCUGCCAACUGUAAGCGCAGAAUAGACUGCCGUAAGUUAACUUGUUUAUCAUACGUGAUGCAGAUUGCUUUAGAAACCCAGAAUGGAACUUUUUCAGAGAUUCUAAAGCACUGCCUUGAUUUAUACUGAGUGCAGUCAGAGUCUGCUGAGCGCUGCCAAAAAUACCAGCUAAGUUGUUCAUCUACGUUUGCUCGUACAAAGGGGGCGUCAACUCAUGAUUACUGCUGUUGGACAAAAACUCGGGUUAGAAAAUGCAUCUUGUCUUUCAGUUGCUCAAAUCAAUGAGCAGUGUGCUAGUCAAGCUGCCUUGUUAGCUACAAGUGUUGUUCUGAAGUGUCUAACUGCAGAAAGUUCUGAACGUGUUUCUGAAUGCCAAGAAUUUCAUGAGGAUGCUGUGUUGGUUUAUGCAGCAGUGGAGCUGCUUUGUUGAAUGUCUCUUGGAUUUCCCUUUUGUUUUUUUUUUAAUGACUUUUCUAUUUUGCUUAGCAAAAAGACUCCUUAAAGUAAAUUUUUUUGAGCUAAAUAUAAAUAAAUCUCUUGAAGCUUUUUGAGGAAA